CAAAAUGGAGGAAGGCAAAAACUCUUAAGAUAGCCAACCCGGGUUUCCUGCAUUUGUCAGUUACCUCCCAGUUUUAUGGUCCCUUUGUUGACUGAAGGAGAGAAAAGGGACUGAAAGCCUCUCAGAAAAGAAAACUGCUCUGUCCCCCACAUUCUUCUACUCGCUUCGCUGGACUCAAAACAAGGGCUUACUUUCCCUUCUUUUAGAAACUAGGAAUCGAGGACAUCAAAGGGUUGUGGAUGUUCUGGAGGAUAAUCUCCUAGCAUGGGAAAUACUCUUAAUUAGCUAUUUUAUUUAAAAUUUUGGGGGCUUUACUGACAUUUGGGCUGCUUAGGCAAUUUAAGAAAAUCUUCAAAUAAGAAAACUUGUCUCCAAUUUAUGCCUUAUGUUAGAAAAAAGUUUCCCGAAAAUAAAUGUCAGACAGUAAGCGCUCAUGCUAGAUGUUUGUGAUCCACACUCAGAACCCCUGUCCUACCUUUCCUAGAAAGGACUGCUAUAUGGCUUGGAAAUAGGAUUAAUUCAUUUUCUGCCCAGAUAGGAAAAUCUAUUCAUAACAUUUUCCUGUUCAGGCGGGAGAAGUGGCUACUGGGAAGAACAAACAAAAAGCUGGCUGGGAAUCCAUAAAGCUCCACUGUUCCGUGAUGCUUUCUCUACUGCGCUGCCCACAGGAGGGAAGACAGCAGGGUCACGUGUGAUGUUACAUGUGACUGUACGGCGCAGGGGUUAAGCUCGGUGUCAUCUGAUGGCUAGGAGAUUAUCUUGAAGCUCCUCAUGGAGUUUGGCCGACCCUGUCGGAUGCUACAGUUGAGGCCAGGUUCGUGUUAGAGAAAUGAACUCCAUGGAGCCGAGACUGCAGUGCCCGGCUGAGCUAGAUAUUUGCAAAAAGAAAGCAGGGACCGGCUGACAGUGCCAAUUGUAAACAGAAGCUUUUGAGCAGAAUGACACGUUGCUAUAGGGUGCCAGCAACAUCCUUACCCCUUAGCAGGCAAAGGAGCCGAGGUGAGAAAACAAACCCACCUGAUCCACUGCUGCUUUUUCAUUUAGAGGGAAAAAAAAAUUGUUUGGGAACUCCAGCUGCUUGAACAGAAAUGGCUUUCUGAGAAGAUAGAAGCCCCAACUGGAAAAGGGGUGGUGGCAGUGAAGGAGCUGUCAGGUGCCAGGUUCGCGUGUGAAGGGUCCACACCGGAAAGCAUGAGCACCAGAACUGCCUCAGCAGCUCCAGGACACGGAGAGCCCAAGAGCAAGUUCUAAGACAGGGUCACUGUUUAAGGACAGAGGGACCUUUGUAUACGUUCUUAGUGAAAAGCUCAUUUUAAGGAUUUAAAGUUUGCUAAAAUCCCAGGUGUUUUCCAUUUAUUUUCAAAGGAGGAGUGUCCUUCAAAUAUAGCACAUGAGAGAUUACAAUAUUCCUAUUUUCAGGGACAUAUGUUAUAUAGAGGGAAUAAUUUCAGAUUCGUAAACCAUAUUGCAUAGAAAGAGGGACAUGAGAUUCUGGAUAUGGAUUUAUUAGGCGAUGGGGAUUCUUUUCUCUGAUUUAAUAGAUUUUCCAAGUUCUGAACCAUGGGCCAAGGAUAGCCCUGUUCUGUUCUGCCUGAUGCCCAAUGGAACUGUGGGUGACCAACCUAGAACCAUGGCCGUUAGGCCUGAGUUUUCAUCCCUGCUGUUACCUCUAACACAUCCUUGUCAAAUGGCAAGUGUGAGAAGCCCACACUGGCCUACUCGUUGUGGAAGGAGAAAGUAUGUAAAAAGAAAGAAAACUGAGCAAAUCCUGCGGAUACAAACUACAAAGUGUUUUUCUGCUUCCUAAGAGAUUUACUCCAUCCUUCUAUUUCUAGAGCUUUUCUAGGUUGGAAAUGUUCAAAUGUGAGUAGUGUUAGAUCCAGGUCGAAUGAGGGUUUUGUAAAACACUGAAUGAUGAUCAGAGAAAGGCACAACCAGCCUUGGUAAAAGCACAUUAAGCAGGAUGCCAAAAUAUACCAGAUCCUCCUAUAAACAGCAUGGAUUACAUUCACAGGCCUCCCUGGGUGAGUGGAGAGGCUGAUUCCCUACUCUCUCUGCCUACCUUACGCUCACCCCAUGGUUAUAUAACAUUUAGAAUGGAAUCUGGAAAUUCUUCUGACCCUGCCCUGCUUGCUGAUAGAGCUGAGCCAGUGGCUGGCAGGGGCAUAAUCUAAUAGGCGAAACUGGAAACACAAAUUCACAGUCCUCUUGUGUCAGCCCAGAGACUGUGCAGGCAAGGAAAGAAAGACUCGCCCCUGUCUCCCUCCUCCCUUCUCUGGCCUAAGUUUACACUGACUUCACCCAACAGGCACCUGACCCUCCCAGAUGAGCUGGGAGGGGCUAAAGCGCCAUGCACAUGGGGUGGAGGUGCAGGCAGCAAACGAUAUUUAAGAUGCUGACUCGGUAGAGCAUUCGGGCUUGGGAAGGAGAGCUAUAAGACACCCGACGAAGCUGCACUUUCAGAAACUCACGCUUUGAGGAAGGCCAAAGAAGAGCAAGGAGAGAAAGCACAACCGAGUGGUGAGCCCAUCAGGGUGGGAGCGUGAGGCUGCAACUGUCGCAGCUUCGCAGACCUCAGCUGGGCACAUCCAGAGUCCCCCGAGGAAGAGCCUUCCCCACUCAGGCUCGCGAAAGAUGCCGCCAAAGACUCUCUCAGCUGUGAUCUGGCUCUGCGUUUUCAUCUUGGCCUUUGUCAGCCACCCAGUGUGGCCACAGAAGCCCCCUAAGCGCAAGACACCCGCGCAGCUCAAAGCAGCUGCCUGCUGUGAGGAGGUGAAGGAGCUCAAGGCCCAAAUUGCCAACCUGAGCAGUCUGCUGGGCGAACUGAGCAAGAAGCAGGAGAAGGACUGGGUGAGCGUGGUCAUGCAGGUGAUGGAACUGGAGAGCAGCACCAAGCGCAUGGAGUCGCGGCUGACGGACGCCGAGAGCAAGUACUCCGAAAUGAACAACCAGAUCGACAUCAUGCAGCUGCAGGCAGCGCAGACUGUCACACAGACCUCGACAGAUGCCAGCUAUGACUGCUCGUCCCUCUACCAGAAGAACUACCGCAUCUCUGGCGUGUAUAAGCUUCCUCCUGAUGACUUUCUGGGCAGCCCUGAGCUGGAGGUGUUCUGUGACAUGGAGACGGCAGGCGGUGGCUGGACCAUCAUUCAGAGACGAAAGAGUGGCCUCGUCUCCUUCCACCGGGACUGGAAGCAGUACAGGCAGGGCUUCGGCAGCAUCCGCGGGGACUUCUGGCUGGGGAACGAACACAUCCACCGGCUCUCCAGACGGCCAACCCGGCUACGUGUGGAGAUGGAGGACUGGGAGGGCGACCUGCGCUACGCCGAGUACAGCCACUUUGUUCUGGGCAAUGAACUGAACAGCUAUCGCCUCUUCCUGGGGAACUACAGCGGCAACGUGGGGAACGACGCCCUCGUCUAUCAUAACAACACGGCCUUCAGCACCAAGGACAAGGACAACGACAACUGCUUAGACAAGUGUGCGCAGCUCCGCAAAGGUGGGUACUGGUACAACUGCUGCACAGACUCCAAUCUCAACGGAGUCUUCUACCGCCACGGUGAGCACAACAGGCACCUGGACGGCAUCACCUGGUACGGCUGGCAUGGCUCCACCUACUCCCUCAAACGGGUGGAGAUGAAAAUCCGCCCAGAAGACUUCCAGCCCUGAAAGGAGGCCUGCUGUGGAGCGGGGCUGGCAAAACCGAGACAAACAGAGGUGGGGCAAGGGCGGAGGAGGAGAGGAAGGGAGGCUGGAAGGGUAUGUUUGGAAAAUGGCCUGUGAUCUCCAGGGAGAGUGUAGGUCUCUGAGGGACACAAUGCAAUCAUAUGUACCGAGGAUGGGACAGUAAACGGGCUGAAGUAUUUCAACACGAUGGGUCCUGACACAUACUUCUCAGGGGGCUGGCCUGAGUCAGCUCUACCUGCUGUGAUCUCUGAUAUAGCAGCAGCUGCCUUUCCACAUGAUUUUUCUAUGAAUGAAAAAGAACGGUGAGAUCACUUAUCGAUUUUUUGUAAGGCCUAAGGUUACAUGAGGGCAGAAAACAAGUCCCUUUGCUAAAGAACCAUUUAUUUUGAUUCUGAGGAAGAGGCACUUGGGUAUUAGAGAAAGGAGUGAAAGAGGGUUAUGGGAAAGAGGAGUUUCUGCUUUUAAAUUCAAUGAAACUAUCUUCAGUCUACGCAUUUUUUAUUUUAAAGACAAAGACUAUUCUGCUGGAGGUGAGCUGACGCAAGUGAGCCUUGACCGGAGGGCAUCGGGCCUUGCAAUUGGCCCGAGCGUCUCUGCUACUCAGCUUCAAUCAGGACACAGCACUGAAAGCAGGCAGUGGGUCUAGCAGUGGCCGGGGGGCUCAAACGGGAGGUAGGGAGAAGUCCCCUGUGGAUGCUUACGCAAAACCGCCGUACACGAUUCAGUCUACAGAUAUACCCAUCUUUAUUUACUUUUUAAGAAAAGAGCUCGAAGAGCUUUCUCUUUUACCCUGUCUAUAAAAAUAAGCUGAAAAAUAAAGGUAGAUGGCACAAUGGUUAUUAACUCAUGCUGUAUAUAAGCAUUUUGCUUUGUAAAAAUAAAAUACUAUAGAUUGUUUUAAACAGUCAAAGUUUCUUUUUCCUUCUGCAAUAAACUUUUAGAGGUAAAGAAGUCUUAGCCAUGACAAAUGUCAAAUAAUUUUGACCUUUAAGAAGUCAUUUUUCCUUGCUAAAAAGAACCAUUCCCUGGAGCCAGUCAGUGUGAGGUAAGCCAUGAGUCUUACUAUUUUUUAUUGUAUCGACAGUCCUUUGAUUGUUGGAAACCUACUAAACCUCGAAAACAAGAACCUUGGGGAUUUUCAGAGAAAUCAUGUGAGUAGAGAAGAAUUAUGCUGGAGCAGGGCUUCCAUGGGACUAACUUCCUAAGGCAGGCAGGGGAAUCUGACAUGCUCAGCAGCCAGCACUACACUUCCAGGAAAGAGAGGAUAAAAAGAUCAGGGGGUUAGAAGGAGAUGAAGAGAAGAAAGAGCAUAAGAUGCUUAUUAGUCAGAAGUACCUGAUGAUCCUCUCAUGUCCCAUACGCCCCACAACUAAACAAAACUGAGACUCGAGGCAAUGAAAGCUAAAGUAAACGAGUGGGACUCCUCAAACUAGAAAGCUUCUGUACGGCAAAGGAAAUAAUAAUAAAUUGAAAAGGCAACCUACGGUUUGGGAGAAAAUAUCUGCAACCCUUAACCCCUAAUAAAGAGUUAAUAACCAAAAUGUAUAAAGAACUCAUAUAACUCAAUAGCAAAAAAGCAAAUAAUCUGAUUAAAAAUUGGGCAAAGGACAUGAAUAGCCGCUUUUCUAAAGCAGACAUUCACAUGGCCAAUAAGCACACGAAGAGGUGCUCGACAUCACUAAUUAUCAGAGGAAAGCAACUCAAAACCACAAUGAGAUCACGUCGCACCUGGUAGGACAGGCAUUAUAAAAAAAAAACAAAACGAGAUAACAAGUGCUGACGAGGCUGUGGAGAAAGGGAACCCUGGGCACUGCUGGUGGCAAUGGAAACUGAUCCAGCCACCAGGGAAAACAGUAGGAAGGCUCCUCAAGGAAUUAAAAAGAGAACUACCAUACGACCCAGAAAUUCCACGUCUGGAGGUAUGCCCCAAGGAAACGAAAUCACUGUCUCGAAGAUGCAUCUGCACUGCCAUGUUCACUGCAGCAUUGACAACAGUCUAAGUAUCUUUUAACAGAUGAAUGGAUUAAAACAAGGUCACACACACAGAAAUAUUAUUCAGCCAUAAAAAGGA